UGGUGGGCGGGGCGUGCCUCAGGGACGUUACAACUCGCCGAGGUUGGCGGCGGCGCCAUUUUGAACUGGCUGAGGAUCGGGGGCGGUGGUGGCUGGAGGGAGCUCCGCGUUCCCCGAGAAAGCCAGCGAGGAGGGAGCGAGUUCUGAAUAUGGCAGCGAACAGGAAUUUAAAACAAGUGCGGAUCGAGAAUAGCUCCCCAGCGGCGCCGCUGGGCAUGGUGGGGGGCGGUGGUGGCGGCAGCGGCAACCUGAAGGGAUUGCGGGGCCUAGAAACAGAGAGUGAGGCAGCGGCGGCCAUGGCGCUAGUGCCGAGCAAAGAAGGUGGAGAUGAAGAGCAGGAGGUUGGGUUUACCAUCGACAUCAAAAGCUUCCUCAAACCUGGCGAGAAGAGCUACACGCAACGGUGCAGGCUGUUCGUGGGGAAUCUGCCUACCGAUAUCACAGAGGAAGAUUUCAAGCGCCUCUUCGAACGCUAUGGGGAGCCUAGCGAGGUCUUCAUCAACCGGGACCGUGGCUUUGGCUUCAUUCGCCUGGAAUCUAGGACACUGGCUGAAAUAGCAAAGGCCGAGCUUGAUGGUACUAUUUUGAAGAGCAGACCACUUCGAAUUCGAUUUGCUACACAUGGAGCUGCCCUAACCGUCAAGAAUCUGUCACCUGUGGUUUCUAAUGAGCUGCUGGAACAAGCAUUCUCCCAAUUUGGGCCAGUGGAAAGAGCUGUUGUUGUAGUAGAUGAUCGUGGCAGAGCUACAGGAAAAGGUUUCGUAGAGUUUGCAGCAAAACCUCCAGCGCGAAAAGCUCUAGAAAGAUGCAGUGAUGGGGCAUUCUUGCUAACAACAACACCUCGACCUGUUGUUGUAGAGCCAAUGGAGCAAUUUGAUGAUGAAGAUGGGCUCCCAGAGAAGUUAAUGCAAAAAACACAACAGUAUCACAAGGAAAGAGAACAGCCUCCACGUUUUGCUCAGCCUGGAACAUUUGAGUUUGAGUAUGCUUCACGGUGGAAGGCUCUUGAUGAGAUGGAAAAGCAACAGCGUGAACAGGUUGACAGGAACAUUAGAGAAGCCAAAGAGAAACUAGAGGCAGAAAUGGAAGCAGCUAGACAUGAGCAUCAGCUAAUGCUGAUGAGGCAAGAUCUCAUGCGACGUCAAGAAGAAUUGAGGCGUUUGGAAGAACUUCGAAAUCAAGAACUUCAAAAACGCAAGCAGAUCCAACUGAGACAUGAGGAAGAACAUCGACGUCGUGAAGAAGAGAUGAUGCGGCAGAGAGAACAGGAGGAAUUACGACGACAGCAGGAGGGAGGAUUCAAACCAAAUUUCAUGGACAAUGUUCUCUUUAACGUUUCCUGAUGAUGUGAAAAGAUAAAACUUUAUCAGGGGGUUGUAAUACUAAACUUGAUGGAAGUGGGUUAAAGGAAAUGAUCAUAUGUCAGAGACACAGUAAAAACAAAAAACAGUUAUUCAUAUGAUUUGGCAAGUCAUUGCAUACCUCUCCAUAUGUGUUCUGCUAGUACAUGAAUAUCACGUAUAUAUUCUUAACCUAAUAUGUUGCUGAAAAGAUUUAUGGCUCUUCCUGAGGGGAAGAAAGAAAACUUUGGUCUGGGUUAAUUUAAUAUUAAAAUUUCUUUUGUAUAAAUUAGUUGACAGUAAUUGACAGAAUGCAUGACAAAAUAAUGAAUGGGUACCUUUUCUUGACUCACAGGUGUGUAGAAAUACUAAUACGGAAAAGUGGAUAAGUACUCUUCAUGUAUUUACAGAUAGGGGAGGUAGUAAUGUGGAAAAGAAUGAAGAUGUGGUUUGACCUCAUCUUUCAGAAUCUCUUCUAAAAAUCUGGAAGCUGCCAUAGGAUUAAAACCCUCCAGUAUGACUUGAUAAACUUAUCUAGGUAAAACCCAUCUAAAAUUCUUAAAUAUUCUUUCAGAGUUCUGCUAUAAAUGAAACUAUUUUAAUGUAAAAAUGCAAAUAAUACAUGCUUUAGUAGGCAAAAGAAGUCUAAAAGCCUGUGUUUCAUUAAGAUCAGUUGAACAGUAAUGUAAUUGGGGAAUUACCUAUAUUUUCUAAUUUUUUUUUGGUCUACAUAAAGGAACAGAGGCGGGACAUUUAAUGACAUGCAGGGAAAGGCUAAGUAUAUGAGUCAAAUUGUGCUGAGAAAGAGCUGCAGCUCAAAUAUGUAUAACUUAGUGUUCCAAUAGAGGCUUCCAUUAGAGGCCUUCUGCCAAGAUUCGAGAGCUCCUGGAUAAAUGUAAUUGCUGGCAAAAACAUGGUUCUGCACUAAUUGCAGGAAAAUGAGAUCUUUGCCUUGAUUGUGACA